CAGUAGUAAAAAGUCUUCGAUGACUUAUGCUUUUGAUGCUGUUUCCCUUGAUGGCUCUUCGCGUAACAAGAGUUCGAAUCCGAAUAUCGGAUUGAUGAUAGCUGGAUUAGCUGCAGCUUUGUGUAUUGCUUUACUGUUUUGGCGGUGCAUUAGGAAAAGAAGGAGAAGAAAUAGAGAAAUGCAGACUGUUCAUUCUAGAGGAGAUGAGCAGAUUAAGAAGAAUGAAACAGGUGAGAGCUUGAUUUUUUCGAGCUCAAAGAUUGGUCAUAGAUACCCUUUGGCUCUAAUCAAGGAAGCAAAUGAUGAUUUCAAUGAAAGCUUAGUGGUUGGGGUAGGUGGGUUUGGUAAAGUUUAUAAAGGAGUCUUGAAGGACAAGACUGAGAUAGCUGUGAAACGUGGAGCUCCUCAGUCUAGACAAGGUUUAGCUGAAUUUAAGACAGAAGUUGAAAUGCUUACUCAGUUUAGACAUACCCAUUUGGUUUCUUUAAUCGGGUAUUGCGAUGAGAGUAGUGAAAUGAUCAUUGUCUAUGAGUAUAUGGAGAAGGGAACGCUUAAAGAUCAUCUCUAUGACUCAAAUGAUAACCCUAGAUUGAGUUGGAGACAGAGGCUUGAGAUAUGUGUUGGUGCAGCUAGAGGGCUUCAUUAUCUCCAAACAGGUUCGACAAUAGCAAUCAGACACCGUGAUGUGAAAUCAGCUAACAUUCUCUUGGAUGAGAAUUUUAUGGCCAAAGUUGCGGAUUUUGGAUUGUCUAAGACAGGUCCUGAUCUUGAUCAUCAGACAUAUGUGAGUACCGCGGUCAAAGGAAGCUUUGGUUAUCUAGAUCCAGAGUACUUAACCAGACAACAAUUGACUGAGAAAUCCGAUGUUUACUCCUUUGGUGUGGUGAUGCUUGAAGUACUAUGUGGGAGACCAGUCAUUGAUCCAUCGCUUCCAAGAGAGAAAGUGAACUUGAUAGAGUGGGCGAUGAAGUUGGUGAAGAAAGGGAAAAUGGAAGAGAUUAUAGACCCUUUUCUUGAUGGGAAAGUGAAGCUUGAAGAGAUGAAGAAGUACAGUGAUUUAACAGAGAAGUGUUUGGCACAAAACGGGAUUGAGAGACCAACAAUGGGAGAUUUGUUGUGGAACCUAGAGUUCAUGCUUCAGGUCCAAGCAAAAGAUGAGAAAGCGGCAAUGGUGGUGGAUGAUAAGCCAGAGGCAAGUGUUGUGGGCUCAACUGUGCAGUUCAGUGUAAAUGGAGUGGGGGAUAUUGCAGGUGUCUCAAUGAGCAAAGUUUUUGCGCAAAUGGUUAGAGAAGAAACACGAUAAAAGAUUUGACCAAAAGAAGAGUAUCUUCAU